AUGCAGCCCGGUGUGCAGAUGAUGCCGGGGUGGGCACCCGGGAUGCAGAUGACGCCCGGGGGGGACGACGCUGCAGCCCCCGAUGCAGGGGACGACAGGUGGCACCUAUAUGGCUACCACAUCAACUACACUCUCUACGGCCGCCUUAUCAAGCGCUGCACCGACCUCCGCCUCCCGCGCCAGGCCGAGCAGCUACACGCCCGCCUCAUCCUCACCUCCACCACCGCCGACAACUUCCUCGCCUCCAAGCUCAUAGCUUUCUACUCCGAGCCCUGCCAGAUUUCCCGCGCACGCCAUGUGUUCGACCAAAUUCCGCACAAGAACACCUUCGCCUACAACGCCCUCCUCAUCGCCUGCACCGUGCACAACCACCACGCGCACACGCUGGAUCUCUUUGCCUUCUUGUUGUCUCGACAAGGGGCUCACGAUCGUUUGGAUUUGGCGGAUGUCAAGCCGGAUAGGUUUACAUUGAGUUGCGUGUUGAAGUCGAUGUCAGAGGUGGCCUUGGACGGGCCUCUUCCGGCUCGGAUGGUUCAUUGUUAUGUUGUUAAAUGUGGGUUUGAUUGGGAUGUUUUCGCGGGGAAUGGGUUGGUGACUUACUACUCAAGGUGUGGUGAUGUGGCUUCGGCGAGGAGCUUGUUUAAUGAAAUGCCUGAGAGGGACUUGGUCUCUUGGAAUUCGAUGAUCUCGGGGUACUCGCAAGGUGGGUUCUUUGAGGAAUGCAAGGGUUUGUAUAAAAGAAUGCUGGAUUCGGAAGCUGUAAGGCCCGAUGCGGUUACUGCAGUGAGCGUUUUGCAGGCGUGUGCGCAGUCGAGUGAUCUUAUAACAGGGAUGGCAGUGCAUCAGUAUUUGAUUGAAAAUGAGGUUGAAAUGGAUCUUUCACUUUGUAACUCGAUCAUUGGGGUUUAUGCUAAAUGCGGUAGCUUGGAUUAUGCUAGGCAGCUUUUAGAGGAGAUGAGUGAGAAGGAUGAGAUAACUUAUGGAACGAUUAUAUCUGCCUACAUGGUUCACGGGUUUGUCGAGGAAGCUAUGAACGUAUUUAGGGGAAUGUGGAAUCCAGGAUUGAGUGCUUGGAAUGCAGUUAUUUCGGGUAGUGUUCAGAAUAAUCAGCAUGAUAGAGUUUUAGAUCUAGUUCGUGAAAUGCAAGGUUCUGGUUUCAAGCCUGACGCUGUGACUUUGUCGAGUAUACUUCCAGCUAUUCUAUUUGUCUCACAUAUGAAAGGGGGAAAAGAAGUCCAUGCUUAUGCUAUUAAAAACAAUUACCAUAGGAAUAUCUAUGUGGUUACUGCAAUGGUAGAUGUAUAUGCCAAGCUUGGAUAUCUGAGGGGAGCACAGAGAAUAUUUGAUCUUGCACACGAUAAGAGUGUGAUAGUAUGGACUGCUAUAAUCUCAGCCUAUGCAGCUCAUGGAGAUGCUAGCUCAGCACUUAGUCUAUUCGAGGAGAUGCUAAAUAGCAAGAUAAAUCCAGAUGCUAUCACAUUUACUGCAGUUUUAGCUGCUUGUGCUCAUGUUGGGCUAGUGGACAAAGCUCGUGAGAUAUUUAGUUCUUUGCUGCCAAAGUAUGGAAUUCAGCCUCUGUCAAAUCAUUAUGCUUGUGUGGUUGCAUGCCUGAGCCGAGUAGGUAAGCUGUCUGAAGCAGUAGACUUUGUAAAGAAAAUGCCUAGUGAACCUACGGCUCAGGUUUGGGGUGCUCUGCUUAGUGAAGCUUCAGAGGCUGGUGAUGUUGAGCUUGCUGAGUUUGUCUGUGAGCGUUUAUUCGAAUUGGAGCCUGAAAACCCAACCAAUUACAUUGUCAUGGCAAAUUUAUUUUCAAAAGCUGGUAGGUGGGAGGAAGCCGAGAGUGUAAGAGAGAGACUGGCGAAGAGGGGAUUUAAGAAAGUUGCUGGCAGUAGCCGAAUAGAAACCUCUGGUGGCUUCGUGAGAGGAAUUGCUAUGAAUGAAAGAAGGGGCAAAUUUUGGUAAAUGUUUGCAAAAGUUGUUGGUUAAAGAAGGUAUUUGAUGAUCGAUGAAUUUAAUGAGGGGAGUUAUCAAGAGUUGGAAAUGUAAUGGUAUUUGCUAUUGAGAUUUGUACAGGAGUCACAGUAACAACAUAAGCCCAGUCCUGAACUCAAAGUCCCAUUCCGAAAGCUAGGCUCACACUCUUGGAGGUGCUACAAGUGUUGAGGGCUAAAGAAGAUAUAUGAUGAUUGUUUGAAGGAAAUUAUUAUGACAUUGAGAUUUCCAGUUCACUGAUGGUUGCAAAUCGGGGAAUUGUAGAAGAACUGUAAUGGUGUCUGCUAGGCACUAGCAAGAUUUCUAGAGGCGUAACAACAAAUGAGAGCAAUCCUACUGAAAGUCCAGUUUCAGACUGAGAGCUCGGCUUGUGAACUUGAUGAUAAUUAAUGCAUCCAUGAGAUCCGAAUGAUAAGUAGAAAAAUGUAUAACUGGACACAAAGUUCAGGACAAAGAUCAAACAUCUCCAGACACUCCCUUCCAUGUUACUCUACCACCUGUGAAGUCCCAAUGCUUUUUUUCUUCUUGUUUUUCACAUCAUUGUUAAUCAUACUUGCCAUGCUCAAUA